CCAGAAGUUUGGCCCAACCCAAAAGUUGUCUACCACCAGGUGCUGACUGCUGACUGCUGACCAUUCUUCUUCUCAAACACGCUCGAAGACAGAAAAAAGCUACUCAGGGAUUUUAGGGUUUUGAAGCUUCCACCGAUCGAUUCAAGAACGUAAAGGUUUGAGGUCAUAAAAAGGCAGAUCACUUGCUUUCCAUAUGGCUGGGUUUUUUCAGUUUGGCAACCUUGCUCCCAAGACCAAGAACAUGGUGGUCGCUGGAGGCUUGACAGCUUUCGUCUUUGGAGUGUAUUUCUACACCAUGAGAGCUGUUGGAGGUAACGAUGAACUUCAGGUGGCUAUCGAUAAGUUUGAACAUGAGAAAAGCAAGAAUGAGACCUUGCCCUCCAAAUCCUGAUCUUUCUUAUGCAUUCGUGUGAUCAUGUAAUUAAGAAAACGGUACUAGUUGACUCAAAAACAUCAUACCGGGGCCUCUCAAAUAAUUUGUCCAGUAAAAGUAGAAGAAAAUGGAUAAUGGAUUCUGCUUCGACUAACACAUCACACUACAUGCAGAAUAGUGUUUUGGACCAAGAGAUUGAGCUUCGGUAUCCAUGAAAUCUCUUUUUUGUAUUAAGAAGUCUUUGGAUUUGUUUGAAAAUGGAGUUUUUGUAGGGAACACAACCUUUUUGUGUUGAUUUUGAUGUUCAAAAAGUUUAAUAAUGUUUGAUGAUA